CGGGACCGCAAUUCCCGGCAAAGAUGGCGGCGGCCAGGUGCUGGAGGCUCGUGCCUCGCAGUCGGGGACUGUCACUGCACACCGCGGCCGCCUCAGCCACCUCGGCCAUCGUGGCUCUGGAGACGUCUGGCUCAGAUGUCGCGUCGGCCCCCGUUGCCCGCUACCCACCGAUUGUGGCCUCCUUGACUGCCAAAAGCAAGGCGGCGCGGCAGCGGCGGAUAGAGCGGUGGCAGGCGACGGUGCACGCGGCCGAGUCGGUAGAUGAGAAGCUGCGAAUCCUCACCAAGAUGCAGUUCAUGAAGUACGUGGUUUACCCGCAGACCUUCGCCCGGAACGCUGACCGCUGGUACCAGGGCUUCACCAAGACCGUGUUCAUGUCUGGCCUGCCGCCGCAGCUGGUGGCGCCUGCGCCUGCGUUGGAGCUGGCCUCCCUGCGCGCAGCCGCCUGUGACUGCCUUGUGCAGGAGCACUUCUACCUGCGGCGCAAGCGGCGCGCGCCCCUCUACCAGGACCGCGAGGCUAUCGCUUCGCCCUUCCUGGACCAGCUGGUGGCCGCUCUCGUGGGCCUGCUUAGCCUGCACAACCCGACCUUGGCAGGCGCCGCCAUCGAUUAUAAGCGCCCAGUUCACCUUUUCUGGAUGCGUGGUGAAGAAAUUAUUCCAAGUGGUCAUCGGAAGGGUCGAGUUGACGCUUUGCGAUACCAGAUAGAUGAUAAACCACACAACCAGAUUCGGAUAUCCAAGCAACUUACAGAGUUUGUACCGCUGGAUUAUUCUGUUCCUAUAGAAAUCCCUGUUCAGAGUUGUAAGCCAGACAAACUUCCGUUAUUCAAACGACAAUAUGAAAACACCAUAUUUAUUGGUUCGAAAACAGCAGAUCCAUACUGUUAUGGUCACACCCAGUUUCAUUUGUUACCUGACAAGUUAAAAAGGGAAAGGCUCUUGAAACAGAACUGUGCUGAUCAGAUCGAAGUUGUUUUUCGAGCUAAUGCUAUUGCAAGCCUUUUUGCUUGGACUGGAGCACAAGCCAUGUAUCAAGGAUUCUGGAGUGAAGCAGAUGUUACCCGGCCUUUUGUCUCCCAGGGCGUGAUCACAGAUGGAAAAUACUUCUCCUUUUUCUGUUACCAGUUAAAUACUUUGGCACUGACCGCACAAGCUGAUCAGAAUAACCCUCGUAAAAAUAUAUGCUGGGGGACGCACAGUAAGCCUCUUUAUGAAACAAUCGAAGGUAAUGAGGUGAAAGGUUUUAAUGAUGAUGUUCUACUUCACUUAGUUCAUUUUCUACUGAAUAGACCAAAAGAAGAAGACAAAUCGCAGUUGUUGGAAAACUAACAGAACUUUUGGUUUAGGACUUUGAGAUUACUUAAAUUUCAUUGAAGUAACAAUAAAAGGAAUUUUAAUAUGAGACUUGUCAGGUAUUAACUGCGUUAUUUUUUUUUAUUGUGGUUAAUUUGUUACAUAUGUAAUAAAGCAUUUGACAUUUCAGCAUUCCUCACAUGUGGUAUUAACUGUAUUCAUCAUCUUGUGCAACCACCACCGUUUUCCUUUUCCAAUUUUUUCCGUCACUUUUAACGUAAGCUCGGUGUCUCCUGAGCAGUGAUUCCCUUUUUCCCUUUCCCUCCCACGUGCCUCAAUAAACACUAAUAACC